AUGGACCCUACUAGAAUUUCAAAAGAACAUGCACACUGUGUCAGAACACUUUUUGGACACCAAGAGAAUACAGAUUUUCAUGAUACAUCCUUUGAAAAUGAAGAGGUGAAGUUGAUGCCAGAAUCAUGUAGAAGCAUGAAACAAGCUCUCCAGAGAGCUGUGCAGAAGGAAGUUCAGCGUGUCAUGGGAAGAACACCAAGACCAGAAAAAGCUGCAAUGGAGGCACUAGGCAUGGAUCUGUACAAGAGAAGCAAACCUCAGAAGCAGCCAUUUGCCCAUCUCAUUAUUGAUGACAAGAAUAUUCCUUCUGGAACUCGUAAAGUGAACCUCACAUCCUGGCAUCACGACAAGGGCCAGGCAAACUUAGCCAAUAUGACCUUCAGUGAUGGAAAACUAGUUGUUAAUCAGGAUGGUUUUUACUACCUUUAUGCCAACAUUUGCUUUAGACAUCAUGAAACUUCAGGAAACCUGACAAAGAGAGGGCUUCAGCUGAUGGUGUAUGUGACUAAGACAAACCUUAAGAUGAGGCGCUCUGAUGUGUUGAUGAAGGGAGGCAGCACCAAGUACUGGUCAGGGAAUUCAGAGUUUCAUUUUUAUUCUGUAAAUGUGGGAGGGUUUUUCAAAUUAAAAUCUGGUGAAAUGAUUAGUAUCCAGGUAUCAAACCCAUUGCUACUGGAUUCAUCACAAGAAGCAACUUAUUUUGGGGCAUUUAAAGUGAGGGAUUUAGACUGA